AUGGGAUGCUGUUUCUCUGAGCCAAUCGAUUUUGAUGGUGAGGUUAACCUCUACCACUUCGACCUCCACAGAGCAGUUGGUAAAGGUGCCUUUGGGAAGGUCAGAGUCGUGGAGCACAAGAAACUUAAAAGGCUUUAUGCUCUCAAGUACAUCGACAAGGCCAAGUGCAUCAAGCAGAAGGCUAUUGCCAACAUCAUACAGGAACGACGGCUGCUCGAAGAGAUUGACCACCCAUUCAUUGUCAAUUUACGCUACGCAUUUCAAGAUGACGAGAACUGUUUCUUCGUGCUAGACUUGAUGCUCGGCGGAGACCUUCGCUUUCACCUGGAGCGAACAGGGGGAUUUAAAGAGAACUGCGUGCAAUUUUGGAUGGCUGAACUUUCAUCGGCACUAUCAUAUCUCCACAAGCAACGUAUCAUUCAUCGGGAUCUCAAACCCGACAACGUCCUACUUGACUCGGAUGGCCACGUGCACAUCACGGAUUUCAACGUUGCAAUCCACUACUCAGAGCGGCGGUUGCACACCAGCGUUGCUGGGAGCAUGGCCUACAUGGCACCCGAGGUUGUCGGCCGGAAAGGCUAUACCUGGUGCAUUGAUUGGUGGAGCUUGGGCGUCAUGGCUUACGAACUUCUCUAUCGACGGCGGCCGUUUGAUGGGCGCACUUCAGAGAAGAUGACCAACUCCAUCUUGAAAGAUCCUUUGAGGUUCCCUGACGACAACAAGAAAUGCAGUCCAGAAUGCGUCUCAUUCUUGCAAGGGCUCAUUGAAAGAAACGUGGUUAGCCGCCUGGGCUGCCGGUCUCUUAACUCGGGAUUUAGAGAAAUACAACAGCACCCAUGGAUGUCUUCUGUGGACUGGAGAACCUUGCAGGACAAGAAGACUUCCUCGCCCUACAUCCCAGACGCAAAGAAAGCCAACUUUGAUGUCUCACACGAACUUGACGAAUUUUUGAUGGUAGAGAAGCCCUUGCAACACACCAAGCGCAAGGCCAACGCAGACCUAGACAAGUUAAAACCUGAAAUGCGUCAGUUGGAGGAACAGUACGUCGACUCUUCCUGCCUUCGACACCCUUGA